ACACACUUCAGCUUUAAUGGGGAAAGGGCGUCAUGCAUCACAUGAUAGAGCGUGACCAAUGGUAGAACGGCUUCUUCCUCUACACACGGAACUGAUUGCGGAUUUAUUUGGCAGUCCAUGGCAGACCAGAAUGGUCACAUUGAUCUUGGCCCUCCAAGGGAAACAGUGGCAGGUGUAGGCUUCCCAGCUCCUCCUCCACCCAUCUACGCCUGCACCCUUACUACUGAGCUGGUGGCCAAGGCUCGGGAAGAGCUCCAGGAGAAGCCUGAAUGGAGGCUCCGGGAUGUCCAGGCAUUGCGAGAUAUGAUACUAAAAGACCACCCUAAUCUGAGGACACGGUUAGACGAUGCAUUUCUGCUGCGCUUCCUCAGGGCCAGAAAGUUCGAUUAUGACCGGGCCCUUCAGCUUCUCCUGAAUUAUCAUGCCAACCGGAAAGCCUGGCCUGAGGUGUUUCAGGACCUGAAGCCCUCUACAGUCAAGCACGUCCUAGAUCUGGGUUUUCUCACUGUCCUUCCCAGACCAGACCCUCAUGGACGCUACAUACUGUGUUUACGGCCAGGUAAAUGGAAGCCUAAUGAUUACCCAUUUGUGGACAACAUUCGAGCUAUUUAUUUGACUUUAGAGAAGCUGAUUCAGCCUGAGGAAACCCAAGUGAAUGGAAUUGUUAUCCUGGUGGAUUAUGGGGGAGUUGGCCUCUCUCAAGCCUCUAAUCCAGGUCCACUUUUGGCAAAGAAAGUUGUUGGUAUCCUUCAAGAUGGCUUCCCAAUCAGAAUAAAGGCUGUAAACAUUAUAAAUGAGCCACGUAUCUUCAAGGGUAUUUUUGCGAUAAUUAAGCCAUUUCUGAAAGAGAAAAUGGCAGAGAGGUAUGUCCUGCAUGGCUCAGACUUGGCCUCUCUCCAUCGAGUCAUUCCUCAAUCUGUGCUGCCUCAAGAAUAUGGAGGAGUGGCUGGAAGACUUGACAUGUCUGCCUGGUCCAGAAUGCUGCUGGAGGCUGAGGAAGAGUUUGUGGUGGAGUUCUGUCAGCCGGAUCCUCUGGAGGGAGUCAUUCUGCCAGACUCCAUGCUGUUUGAGGGAGAGCAAGCUGGGGCACAUGGAGAGGACACCUUCAGACAUCUGCGUUCCCAGCUUUAUUACUGUUACUGACCUCCUGGCAACGUGCAACUGGUUCUUUUGAAACAUUUGUUUAGCUAUGACCAACUAUAUAUUCACAGUGUGAUGAGGUCACCGGAUCAGUCCGACCAUUUAAAAGAUCUGGUACAGACAGCCACUUAGAUGCUGGAUAUACACCCAUUGCUUUGGCUUAACCUGGUAACCCUGCAUUUUAAAAACUUGAUUCAAACCUCCAAACAAUAUCCUUUUGAGAAGGAGCCCUAGGUUUUAAUAUAUAAUCAGUCUCUAUAUGUUUUCAGUUAUACAGUGAGCAUUGAAAUGUCUAAAAUAGUUGUUUUCAGCGCUAUAUCAUUUUAUGUUACAUCUCAAAUUUUAUAUUACAUCUCAAAUAAUGCUUGCCUUAAUUUACGGUGAAGGGAAUAUUAUUUAUAUUUAUUUAGAUUAUUUAGUACAUUGGAGAUAAUCACCCAUGUCAAUUAAACACAAUGCAAUAACAAUGUGCAAUUUUAAAUUGAAAAACCUCUGUACAGAGAAUUAUUUUAUCCUACAAUAAGGAUAUCCUAGAAUUAAAUAAUUACCAUGUUUCUUUUUGGAUUUGUGGAUUGAACAGCUCUAAAUUUGUUUCUUUUACUUUUCGCAAGUGUGCAUCACUGAA